AUGCGGCGACGGGGGGCGAGGCCUGCGCUUGGGUCCACGGCCAUGUUUUUGCUCGCCGUAGCCGUGCUGGGAUUGAUGGGGAAAUGCGAGGCGAAUGGUGUCGCCGACACCUAUGAAUUUGAGGAGGCAGUGUACACCGUAGCUGAGGAUGUCGGCAGCGCUACAGUCUACGUGAUAAGGACCGGACCUCAUGAUGCACCCAAUUCAACAGUUGAUGUUGCAACUUCUGAUGGAACAGCUGUAGCUGUGAAUGAUACAGACUAUACGGCCGUUACUGACACCCUAGACUUUCAGCUGACUAAGAACAGAGUAGCUUUGAGUGUUCCAAUCAUGGAUAAUGACGUGGAAAACGAAGAUUCCGUAUAUUGUUUCACCUUGACAUUGUCAAAUCCAAAUCCAGUUGGCACUCUUGGGGCAAACUCACAAGUCUGCAUCAUCGAAAAUGAUAAUUACUUUGGUGGCACUUGCCCCCCACCGGAAGCUGUGAUAGAAUCCAAUGGACAAGCAGUCAUUGAGGUCAAUGUCACCAGUGCUAGUGAUACUGCUGUCAUCACGUGGACCGACCCUACGCCUGCUGGUUUUCAGAGGCUGUACACAUGCUUCCCUAUAGGGCCAUCUGAUCAUGAAUGUAACAACGGGGAUUCCUUUCCCAUUUCAUACACAUUCACAUCUGAUGGAUACAACAGAAGGAUUCUGGUCACAUACACGGUCUAUACUACAGUUGGACUAACGAUGCAAGAAAAGUGUGAUUUUUACCUGCGUGUUCUUGAUCCGUUCCCCCCGGAGAUUACCUGCCCAAGUGAUAUUGUAGUAGCAGCAGGUGAAGGCAUCAUGAACGGCACGGCUGACUGGGUCGAACCAGUUGGCACAGACAACUCAGAUGUCACAACUAACUCGUAUUCACCGCCUUUGUUUCUGAACAUCGGCUCCCAUGAGUUCACCUACACCGCUGUGGACAGCUCUGGAAAUGAAGCGUCCUGCUCUUUCAAUGUCGCUAUCACUGAUGGGACAGCCCCUGAGAUAGAUUGCCCAGCCAACAUCGACACAGACACAGAUCCCCAGCAGAGCUAUGCCACGGUGUUGUGGUCUGCACCCAAUGUCACGGAUAAUUCUGGUGAGAUGAUCGAACCAGUGCUGUCUUCGGCAUCCGGAUCCACAUUUGAAAUAGGCAACCACACCGUGGAGGUAACUGCCACAGAUUCCCACAACAACACCGGCAUGUGCUCCUUCACCGUUAUCGUUCGAGAUCUUGAACCUCCUGUGAUCACGUGUCCAGCUAACAUGACCGUUCCGACCAAUGCAAGUGUAGACAACGUAACACUGGCACUUCCUGAUCUGGCCUCGGCCUCCGACAACUUGGGAACAUAUGAUGUCAAAAUUGCCAUCGCUGACAUUCUGUACUCGGUGGGGGAGAGUGUAACGCUUUAUCUUGCGACUGGGGAAUAUGCACUACAGUACAAUGUUACUGACCCUGCAGGAAACAGCGAGAGUUGUUAUACAUUCUUCACCGUUGUCGAUGAGGAGGCGCCUACCAUCACCUGUCCAUCAGUGGGUUCAAGCACCACAGAUCUUGGCUUGCCAACUGCCAAUGUAUCCUUCCCUGAUGCUACUGCCUCUGAUAACUCCAUGCUGGCAGUCACAUUCAGUGCCAAUGCCACAUCCGAUACCCCUUUCAAUAUCGGUGAUACUGUUGUCCAGUUUGUCGCCACCGAUAACAGCGGGAACACUGACGAUUGCUUUUUCACCAUCACAGUAAUAGAUGAUGAGGACCCUGUGGUAGACUGCCCUAUGAACAUUGAAGUCGAUGCAGACCUGGGACAGAACUACUCCACCGUGAUGUGGCAUGCUCCCAACGUGACUGAUAACUCUGGUGAAUCCAUCACACCAACGCUGAGCCACAACUCAGGAGAUCAGUUUCCAUUUGGAUUAACCACAGUCACUGUGAAUGCCACCGACUCCAGUUUCAACGUUGGCUCGUGUGCCUUCACUGUUUAUGUUCUAGAUCCUGAGCCUCCGAUGAUUACCUGCCCGGACAAUCAAACGAGAUCCACAGAUCUGAAUGUAAAUCAUGUCAGCCUUGCACUACCUGAUGCAGCCUCUGCUUCUGACAACUCGGGAUCAUAUGUCAUCACCAUUGAUGUUGCUGGUUCUAUAUACAGCGUUGGUGACAGCGUUUCCCUUGACUUGGCUACUGGUCAACAUUUACUGCAGUACAUCAUCACAGACAAUGCCUUGAAUAACGAUACAUGCGAGAUGUACGUCACUGUGAUUGAUGAUGAAGAUCCAAGGAUCACAUGUCCAGCGGCAAUGACAGUUCCUACUGAUGCUGGCUUAGCCACAGCCAAUGUAACCUGGGAGCUAGCCACUGUCGUGGAUAACUCCAUGCUGCCCAUUACACCUGUAGACGAUCCAGUAUCUGGUUCAAUCUUACCCAUUGGUGAUACUACAGUGCGGUUUAAUGCUACGGAUGAAAGCGGCAACAGUGCCUAUUGUACCUUUGUGGUAACAGUUGAAGAUAUGGAGCCUCCAUCAAUAAACUGCACAGAUCUCACAUUUUCAACAUCCCCUGGCUUACCAACUGCCUAUGUGACUUAUGAUGAACCCCCUGCCACUGACAAUGUUGGAGUGAUGAAUACCAAUUGUUUCUAUGUUGAGACUUCUGGGCAAGUACUCGGUGUCGGCAUGCACCAAGCUAUUUGUGUGGCUACUGACUCAUCUGAUGAGAGGUUGACAGACGUAUGCACUUUAAUUAUCACUGUUGAGGAUAACGAAACUCCCAACAUCACCUGUCCUGCCAAUGAGACAGUUGCCACUGAUGGCGGUGCAGCUGUGGCUACAUUUGUCUUACCGGAUCUAGACUCUAGUGUUGACAACACUGAGAACUUCACUGUCUCCAUUGAUGUCGCUGGUGCCCAGUAUGACAUUGGUGACAAUGUAACGCUGAGCCUGGCUACCGGUGUGCAUCUGUUGCAGUACACUGCAACUGACUUUUACAAUAACAGUGAAGUGUGCGAUAUGUUCGUUACUGUGAUUGAUGAUGAAGAUCCAAUGAUCACAUGUCCAGCGGCAGUGACAGUUGGUAAUGAUGCUGGCUUAGCCACAGCCAAUGUAACCUGGGAGCUAGCCACUGUCGUGGAUAACUCCAUGCUGCCCAUUACACCUGUAGAUGAUCCAGUGUCUGGUUCAAUCUUACCCAUUGGUGAUACUACAGUGCAGUUUAAUGCUACGGAUGAAAGCGGCAACACUGCCUCGUGUACAUUUGUGGUAACAGUCGGAGAUGAUGAGGACCCUGUAGUAGACUGUCCUAUGGACAUUGAAGUCGAAGCAGACCCUGGACAGAACUACGCCACCGUGAUGUGGUCUGCUCCCAACGUGACUGAUAACUCUGGUGAAUCCAUCACACCAACGCUGAGCCACGACUCAGGAGAUCAGUUUCCAUUUGGAUUAACCACAGUCACUGUGAAUGCCACCGACUCCAGUUUCAACCUUGGCUCGUGUGCCUUCACUGUUAAUGUUCUAGAUCUUGAGCCUCCGAUGAUUAUCUGCCCGGACAAUCAAACGAAUUCCACGGAUCUCAGUGCAGAUGAUGUCGUAGUUGCACUACCUGAUGCAGCCUCUGCUUCUGACAACUCGGGAUCAUAUGUCAUCACCAUCGACGUUGCUGGUACUACACACAUGGUCGGCGACAGUGUUACCCUCGACUUGGCUACUGGUCAACAUUUACUGCAGUACAUCAUCAGUGACAAUGCCUUGAAUAAUAACACAUGCGAUAUGUUCAUCACUGUGAUUGAUGAUGAAGAUCCAAGGAUCACAUGUCCAGCGGCAAAGACAGUUCCUACUGGUGAUGGCUUAGCCACAGCCAAUGUAUUCUGGGCGCGAGCCACUGUCGUGGAUAACUCCAUGCUGCCCAUUACACCUGUAGACGAUCCAGUAUCUGGUUCAAUCUUACCCAUUGGUGAUACUACAGUGCGGUUUAAUGCUACGGAUGAAAGCGGCAACAGUGCCUAUUGUACCUUUGUGGUAACAGUUGAAGAUGAUGAGGACCCUGUGGUAGACUGCCCUAUGGACAUUGAAGUCGAUACAGACCUGGGACAGAACUACGCCACCGUGAUGUGGUAUGCUCCCAACGUGACUGAUAACUCUGGUGAAUCCAUCACACCAACGCUGAGCCACAACUCAGGAGAUCAGUUUCCAUUUGGAUUAACCACAGUCACUGUCAAUGCCACCGACUCCAGUUUAAACAAUGGCUCGUGUUCCUUCACUGUUAAUGUUCUAGAUCUUGAGCCUCCGAUGAUUAUCUGCCCGGAGAAUCAAACGAAUUCCACAGAUCUGAAUGUAAAUCAUGUCACGGUUGCACUACCUGAUGCAGCCUCUGCUUCUGACAACUCGGGAUCAUAUGUCAUCACCAUCGACGUUGCUGGUUCUACAUACAUGGUCGGCAACAGUGUUACCCUCGACUUGGCUACUGGUCAACAUUUACUGCAGUACAUCAUCAGUGACAAUGCCUUGAAUAAUAACACAUGCGAUAUGUUCAUCACUGUGAUUGAUGAUGAAGAUCCAAGGAUCACAUGUCCAGCGGCAAAGACAGUUCCUACUGAUGAUGGCUUAGCCACAGCCAAUGUAACCUGGGAGCUAGCCACUGUCAUGGAUAACUCCAUGCUGCCCAUUCAACCUGUAGAUGAUCCAGUAUCUGGUUCAAGCUUACCCAUUGGUGAUACUACAGUGCGGUUUAAUGCUACGGAUGAAAGCGGCAACAGUGCCUAUUGUACCUUUGUGGUAACAGUUGAAGAUGAUGAGGACCCUGUGGUAGACUGCCCUAUGGACAUUGAAGUCGAUACAGACCUGGGACAGAACUAUGCCACCGUGAUGUGGCAUGCUCCCAACGUGACUGAUAACUCUGGUGAAUCCAUCACACCAACGCUGAGCCACAACUCAGGAGAUCAGUUUCCAUUUGGAUUAACCACAGUCACUGUGAAUGCCACCGACUCCAGUUUCAACCUUGGCUCGUGUUCCUUCACUGUUAAUGUUCUAGAUCUUGAGCCUCCGAUGAUUAUCUGCCCGGAGAAUCAAACGAAUUCCACGGAUCUCAAUGCAGAUGAUGUCAUAGUUGCACUACCUGAUGCAGCCUCUGCUUCUGACAACUCGGGAUCAUAUGUCAUCACCAUCGACGUUGCUGGUUCUACAUACAUGGUCGGCGACAGUGUUACCCUCAACUUGGCUACUGGUCAACAUUUACUGCAGUACAUCAUCAGUGACAAUGCCAUGAAUAAUAACACAUGCGAUAUGUUCAUCACUGUGAUUGAUGAAGAAGAUCCGGUUCUGACGUGUCCCGAGGACCAGAUGGUCGUGGUUCCGGACAACCAAUUGGAAGCCACCGUCACCUGGCUUCCACCCACUGUGACCGACAACUCGGGCGAGGUCCCCGAAGCAUUCCCCUCCCAGGAGAACGGGACAGCCGUACCGAUUGGUGUAGAGACUACCAUUUUCUACAACGCAACAGACUCUGCAGGCAACACUGGCUACUGCGACUUCACCAUUCUUGUGAUAGACAAUGUACCACCGGUCAUCACCUGCCCAGCUACCUUGACAGAGCCAACAGCAUUCAACAAGUUUUACGGCCCCGUCACCUGGGUCCCGCCUACAGUGACCGACAAUGUUCCGGCGACGGUCACGGUCAUGUCGGAUUACGUUAACGGCAGUAACUUUGACCUGGGAGAUACAGUCGUGACUCUAACAGCUAUUGAUGCCGCUGGUAACAACGAUACAUGCCAGUUUACAAUCACUAUCGUCGACUUGGAGCCGCCAGUUAUUUACAACUGUUCAGACGAUUUCAAUGUCACCACUGAGCCUGGAGAGGCCUAUGGGAUACCAGUGUUCACUGAGCCCACGGCCCAGGAUAACUCGGGCUCUGUCACCAUCGCUGGUCUGGGCCGGUCGGGGACCCAAUUCUCCAUCGGCCCGACUGAAGUCACAUAUGUGGCAAUCGAUGCCGCCGAUAACCCCACUGUGUGCAGGCUGACCAUCCUUGUGAUUGAUGAUGAAUGUCCAACAAUUCAAUCAGCAUCAGAAUGUCCUGCGGACAUCGUGGAAUUUAUACAGGAUGCAAACUCGGACAACUUAACAGUGACGUGGACUGACCCCAUCUUUGAGGAUAACUCUGGAAUCGCUCCCACGGUAACGGUCACUCCACUAGCUAACAACUCGUUCUUCCCAGAAGGCAACACCACCGUUACCAUAGUAGCUGAAGAUCAGUCCGGCAACCAAUUUGAGUGUGUUUUCUUGGUGACUAUUAAUGUGUAUGACAUGACUCCGCCUGUGUUCAGCUCUUGUCCACCCACUCUACCUCCCGUGACGACUGACCCUGGCUUGGACACGGCCUCACCAUUUGAUUUUGGCAUCACGGUUAGCGAUACUGGAAGUGGCGUUGAGAGUGCUGUCCUAUCAACCAACAUGCCAUAUCAGAUCGGUGACAACCUUGUGUCAUUGUUUGCCCGGGACUUUGCAGGCAACGUUGACUACUGCAACUUCAAUGUGACUGUCUCUGACAACGAAAUGCCCAAUAUUACCAGUUGCCCACUAGACCAAACGGUCUUUACCCGGACUGACAGUCCGUAUGGGUUCCCUACCUGGAUGGAUCCUGUCGCUGUGGACAACUCUGGCGUCGUCACAGUCAACUGCUCCAUGCAGUCUGGAGAUGCCUUUGUUAUCGCCGACACAACCGUGGUGUGCACAGCCUGGGAUCCCAGUAACAACAUGGAGACGUGCUCAUUCAUCGUCACCGUUGUCGAUAACCAGCCUCCCGUUGUGACGUUCUGUCCGGAAAACAUCAACCAGGGGACUGAUGCAGGCGAAGCCACAGCCGUUGUUACUUUCAGCCAACCAACGGCAACGGAUAAUGACGGACUGCCGAUCAUCCCAGUCGGUUCCCAUCCCAAUAAUUCAGCAUUUGACCUGAACGAUGCCUACGUCUCCUUCACCUUUACGGACUCCAGUGAUAACGUCGCAUAUUGCAACUUCACUAUCACAGUAGUUGAUGAUGAGGCACCAACUUCUGGUGACACCUGCCCCAACGACACCUUGGUCUACACCCCUACAGGCAGGCCUACCGCCCCGGUACAGUGGGUCAUUCCAAUGGCCUUUGACAAUGUCGGUGUCGUUGGUACAUCGUACAACCACCUUCCUGGUAAUGAGUUUCCCAUCGCCAUGACAACUGUGGUUUAUACGAGUACGGAUGCUGCCGGUAAUGUGGGCACGUGUCAGUUUGUGGUUGAAGUGCAAGAUACGGAAAACCCAGUGUUUGACCUGUGUCCGCUGCCUAUAACCCAGCCAACGGACCAAGGCAGCCCUGACGCUACCGUCUUCUGGACUGUGCCUAAUGUGACGGACAACUCCGGCAUCAUAGCGUCCCUGGAUGUCAGUAAUGUACCUGGUGAAAUGUUCUCUAUUGGCCCACACACUGUGACCUACACGGCUGUGGAUGAAGACAAUAACAUCGGCACCUGCAGCUUUCCUAUAACGGUCUCUGAUGAUGAGGCUCCUGUGCUGGAGAAUUGUCAAAAUAACGUCACGUUGUAUGUGCCACCUGACUCAACACAGCUGAGUGCCAGCUGGCCUUUUCCUACGGCCACCGACAACGCGGGGCCACCCACGGUCUUCAAUGCCACCUAUACAGAAAUUGCAGUCAGCCAGAGUCCGGUCACUGUAACCAUAGACUGGCAGGCUGGGUUUGUCACCGUUCAACAGCUGUACAUCGGACACUAUCGAUGCAUCAUCAGGGCAGAGGAUGCGGCUGGCAAUUCUGUAGAGUGUGUCACAGAAUUGUGGAUUCUCGAUGAUGUCAAGCCUGUCUUUGAUCAAUGCCCUCCUGUACUCCAAGCAAGCUACCCAACUGACUUGAACCUCCCAACAGCCGUCGUCAGUUGGACUCCACCAAAUGUAACCGAUAACAGUGGAGGAACUGUCACGGUCGAUGCCAGUCAUAUGCCAGGGAUGGCAUUCGACAUUGGAGUAACAACAGUCACAUUGGAUGCUACUGAUGACAGUGGCAACAUGGAGUCAUGCGUGUUCAAUGUCACUGUUGUCGACGACCAGCGACCCAAUGUGACCUGCCCUACUGGCUUCACACUCUACACUGAUCCUCAAUCCAAUGUUAGCACUGGUGGCUGGUCUCUGCCUGAUGAUGCAUUUGAUAAUUCAGGUGUCUUCACUGCGACAUCUUCACUGGAUCCUACAGAACCACUGGCUGUUUCUAAUCACCACGUCUCCUACACUGUUGUGGAUGCGGCUGGCAAUGACAUUAAUUGCGAUUUCUACAUUACUGUGCUUGACAACGAGGAUCCCUACUUUGAGCCGUGCCCGGCUUCGUUGACAUUUCAAACCGACCCACAGCAGAACACCGCCAAUGUGUCAUGGCCGCCUGUCAUUCCGAUGGACAACGAUGCAGUUCAGGAAUAUAACUCCAACUACCAGCCUGGGCACUUAUUCCCAAUUGGUGACACAGACGUUGAGUACAACGUGACCGACACAUCAGGGAAUAAAGGUUCCUGCUUUUUUGUGGUGACAGUUGAAGACAUGGAGCCUCCAACUAUUACUUGUCCCGAUCCAGCCAUUGUAACCGACACAGACCCUCAACGGAGUGUCGCUAAUGUGACAUUUGUCACGACUGCUGCUGACAAUAGUGGGGAGUGGACAGUGUCAUGCACCCCAGCCUCGGCAACCAACUUCCAAGUUGGAGUGCAGAAUGUCAUGUGUAUCGCCACUGAUCCCUCGGACAACACCGAAACCUGCUCAUUUGCAGUCUUGGUAUCAGACAACGAAGAUCCCGUCUUUGAUUUCUGUCCAUCUGAUAUCACACUCAAUGAACCACUGGAGAGUUUCGUCAACUUCACCAUCAUGGUCAACUGGACUCAACCUGUGGUGACUGACAACGUUGGCGUGGUUCGAUUGGAUGUAACUCAUGAACCAGGCAGUGUCUUUGGCAUUGGCAGUCACCUGGUUACGUACACAGCCUACGAUGCUGCUGAUAAUAUGGCUACUUGUCAGUUCAACAUCUUUGUAAAUGACGUGCAGCCACCAGUCAUCACUGGCUGUCCCAUGAACCUUCCUAGGUUCCCAACUGACCCCACUCGGGAUACAGCCAGAGCAUUCUGGGAUGAACCUCAAGCUUCAGACAACUCGGGUAGUGUAACUCUGACCUCUAACUACGACGUUGGUGAUGCGUUCCCUGUCGGAGAUACCGUGGUGGUGUACACGGCAGAGGAUGGCAGUGGUAACGCCGUCAACUGCAGCUUUGUUGUCCAGGUCUAUGAUAAUGAACCUCCUGCAUUCACUGGCUGCCCCUUCCAAGGAGUCACCAGUGAAACAAGUCUGCAGAGUGAUCGUGGAGUAGCUUCGUGGUCAGAACCUCAAGGCACAGAUAACGUGGCGGUAGCCAAUGAACAGUCAGACUACCAGCCAGGAGAUAGCUUCCCAUUGGGUGCAACUGUUGUGACAUACAAUGUGACUGAUACCGCGGGAUUGGUCGCCGAAUGUUCGUUCACUGUACUGAUCCAAGACAAUGAGGAUCCAGUCUUAGAGUGCCCGGAAGACAUAACCGUCAACAUCUUCACACAUCAAGGGAGCGUGGCUGUGAACUACACCACGGUCAAUGCCACGGAUUACGCCAGUGGGCUUGAUACAUUAACCUGCAGCGUUGCGUCGGGCUCGUCCUUCUCCAUCGGCACAAACGACGUCACCUGCACCGCUGAGGAUUUGGCCAACAAUGUCAACUUUUGCAUCUUCCGAGUGAUCGUGGUCGGGUCUGAUGACACCAUACUACCAGUGAUCUCCAACUGCCCGAUGAACAUCACGCUACCUUCCGACAACACUACGUCCACAACCAUCGUCAGCUGGACUCCCCCGACUGCCACUGACAACUCCGGUGACCCGGUCACCUUGGAUGUCACCACAGAGCCAGGAUCGCCAUUCGGUCUUGGAGUCAGCGUGGUGACCUAUACUGCAACCGAUGCAGCUGGCCUGGUCAGCACCUGUGACUUCAGUGUCACCAUACUUGAUCUGGAGAACCCUCAUAUCCUGCAGUGUCCAGCGGACAUCACUCGGCCCACAGAUUCCGGGAUGGACUCGGCCGUAGUGGACUGGGCCUCCCCUGGGGCCAUUGAUAACUCAGGCACGGUCACGCUGGUCGCUAGUGAAACCCCAGGCUCUGCAUUCUACCUCGGAGUGACUUUCGUCACCUACACUGCAACCGACACUGAUGACAAUGUGGAGCAGUGCAUCUUUAUGAUUGAAAUCAUAGAUGAGGAGGAUCCAGUGAUCACAGGCUGCCCCACUGUCCAGCUCCAGCGAGAAACAGAACCUGGCCAGAACUACUCCCUGGUCAUGUGGGAUGAGAUCGCCAUCAGUGAUAACAGCGGCAAUUGGACUGUGGAGACUACUGGCCCAUCCCAGGGGAGAAUCAACGUCGGUGAUCAUCAAGUCACCUAUGUGGCUACAGAUUCAGCUGGCAACACCGCACAAUGCAGCUUCUCUAUACGGGUUAUAGACACAGAGCUGCCGGUAUUCUCCAACUGUCCGACUGAGAUCAUCAAACUGGUGAAUGAGAGCGGGCGAGAUGCUGUGGUGACUUGGAAUUCACUCCAGAUCACCGACAAUGUCGGAGUAGACGCAGGAACCUUGUCGAGUACCCAUAACUCAGGCGACACAUUUCCGUUUGGUGGUCCCACCACAGUCACAGUCAAUGUGGCCGAUGUGAAUGGCAAUACCAACUUCUGCAGUUUCACCGUCACAGUCUCAGAUGCCCCUCAGGCCCUGAGUAACUGCCCCGUCUACAUCCAGCGGCCAACAGAUACUGGAGUAGCCACAGCUGUAGUCACAUGGAAUGAUCCCGACGUGGAGCCGCAAGGCGCCUCCUUUGACACCCAGUCAACCCCUUACACGUCGGGUGACACUGUCCCCCUGGGAAGACACAACGUCACCACCACCGUUUUCGUCGACGGAGACUUUAACAACCCAGCCCAGUGCACGUUUGUAGUUGAAGUCGUUGACAAUGAGCCACCAAGUUGGACAGCGUGCCCAGGUGAUGCAUCCAUCACUCCAUCCAUCGGAGCAGUCAACGCUUCUGUGACCUGGCCUCCUCCCAUGGCUCAGGAUAACUCUGGUUCUGUCCAGGUCUCGCCCGGCUCCCACAACAGCGGUGAUCUAUUCCCGAUUGGUCAGACGACCGUGACCUACACAGCCUCCGACGCCGUUGGUCAUGUCAUCACCUGCUCCUUCCUGGUCACAGUACGAGACUUGGAAGAUCCUGUCGUGACUUGUCCCGAGGCUAUGACUGUGAAUACCGACCCCAGCAAGGGAACUGCUACGCUCACCUGGACAGACGCUACGGCUAGCGACAAUGUGGCUGUCACCUCGCUCCUAGCCAGCCCUGCCAAUGGUAGUCCCUUGAUUGUCGGAGAGAACACUAUCACCUACACGGCCAUGGAUUUUGCGCAGAAUUCCCACAGUUGCUCUUUCAUCAUCACCGUCAUUGACAACGAGCCUCCAGUUUUCUCCAACUGUCCCUCCGUGGCCUCUGCCGUUGCCGCUACUGAUCAAGACAUGGCUAUAGUCGUCUGGGACCUCCCUUCUGCUUCCGACAACGCCGUGACCGUGACUGUACAGUCCUCUCAGUCGUCUGCUGCCCUGUAUCCCUUAGGGGUAACUCCUAUUGUAUAUCUGGCGACCGACUCGGCAGGCAACAAGGCCAACUGCACCUUUGAUGCGAUUGUCACGGAUUCACAGAUCCCAGUCUUCAGCAACUGCCCCGGUGAUCUGUCUGAGAACACUGCAUUGAACCAAGCUGUUGCCACUGGAGUCGUCUGGACACCGCCGACGGCCAGCGAUAAUGACCCACAACUCCAGACUGUUAAUAACUUUGAUCCACCCACUGACUUUCCUGAGGGAGUAACUGUAGUCAACUACACUGCAGUGGACCGGGCUGGUAACACGGCAUCCUGUAUCUUCACAGUCACUGUUACUGACAUGGAGGAUCCUGUCUACACUGGCUGCCCAGCUAGCUUCAGUGUCCCAGCCGACAUGGGAACCACGACGGCCAACGUGUCCUGGAUAGAGCCAACAGCCAGCGACAAUGUGGCUGUCACUAGCUCUGUCUCCGAUGUCUCACCAAACACUAUCUUUAACUUUGGGGCAACCGUUGUGGAAUACACUGCCAUGGAUGCGGAGGGAAAUACAGGAAAUUGCAUCUUCACUGUCACCAUCUUAGACUCCAAUGCUCCCCGCCUCGUCAACUGUCCAUCCAACCAAAUGUUUUGUGCCGACCAAGGGACGCUCUCUCGUAGCGUCGACUGGAUCGAACCCACUGCCACAGACAUUGAGGGCGCUGUCACGCUUACCAGUGACUACUCACCGGGGGAUACAUUCAACCAUACCGGUACCCCGACACCGGUAACCUACACGGCCACUGACGAGUCUAGCAUGACGGCAUCUUGCACAUUUGAUGUCACCAUUGACGACUGUGAGAAACCAGUCAUCAGUAACUGCCCGGCAGGCUUCAACCUGAAUGGUGACCUCGGCGGUGGAUCCGUGGCCGUCUCCUGGACUGAGCCAACCGCCACGGACAACAGCGGUCAGUACGAGCUGAACAGGACCCAUGCACCUGGGGAGAUAUUCACUGCAGAUACCUCGCCAGUCUUUGUACAGUACGCAGCUAGAGAUCCAUCCGGGAAUGUUGCCACCUGCGUCUUCAUGGUGGUUGUAACUGACACCACCGCGCCAGUCCUCAGAGACUGUCCGUCUAACCAGAGCAUUACCACUGACGCCAACUCCAAUACUGGAUCCGCCUCCUGGACCCCUCCCACCGUGGACAGCACUCCAACAGACCCUGUCAAUCUAGUACCAAGCCAUCAGCCGGGGGCAGCGUUUCCUGUGGGAACCAACCCAGUCACGUACACAGCUACAGAUGCUAGUGGCAAUCAAGUGGUCUGUAAAUUCUGGAUAAUUGUGAGAGAUAACCAGUUGCCUACAAUCACAUGUCCAGCUGACAUCACUCGAGAGGUUGCCUCGGGUAUUCCAUCGGACACGGUAUCCUGGGAUCCGCCGGUGGCUAACGACAAUAACGGCGUACCCACCAUACAGUGUGCACCGCCGUCGGGAACAGCCUUUGAUGUGGGCAUGGAUCACAUUGUGACUUGCACUGCGACAGACAGCUCUGGCAAUAUUGCACAGUGUACCAUUACUGUUAGCAUUGUUGAUGCAGGGAAUGCCAUCCUGAUAACCUGCCCCGACGACAUCAACAUUAACACUGCUACAGGACAACCCAACAACGUCGCCAAUUGGGAUGAUCCUACAACUAGUAGUUCCUCCCCGGCCAGCAUCACGCUGACUCCCACAAUCCAGUCAGGAUCCGCAUUUGGCGUAGGUGUUAACACGGUCAUGUACACAGCAAGUGACGGCAUGGGAAAUACGGCCACCUGUUCUUUCACUGUCACAGUCUCAGACAUGGAGCCUCCAGUUUUCCAAACCUGUCCCGAUGACAUCAUCGGCAUCCCUACCGAUGACAUUACUUGGACCACACCCACUGUGACAGACAACACCGUUAUCUUUACAUUGAUCGCCUCUAGAUCCCCGGGUAUGUUCAGCCUGGGAGUACAUCAUGUGACAUACACGGCGACUGAUGACCAUAACAACCAGCAAACAUGCACAUUCACUAUUACCAUUGAAGAGAACAACAAGCCCAUGGUGUCCAACUGCCCGGUCAUGUUGACCCGUUAUAUACCCGAGGGUGAGAGUCAGGUAGCAGUGACAUGGACCGAACCCACAGCUACUGACCAAGAUGGCAUCGCUAGGAUAGAGCAGAACUUCUACCCUGGACAGAACUUCACCCUAGGAGCGUAUCAGGUCACCUACAUGUUCAUUGAUAACGCAGGAUUUGCAGCCACGUGCCAGUUUGUUCUGAAUGUUGAACGAACGCCCGACACCACUCCACCAGACAUCACAAACUGCCCCAUGGACCAAGCAGAGACGCUCCCAGAGGGCCAGAUCAAAGUGGGUGUGUCCUGGACCGAGCCCACCAUUGUCGAUGCUAGGGGAACAGUCAGUGUGGACGUGAACUAUCACCCGGGAGACCUAUUCUCAGCUGGUACUACGCAAGUGGUUUAUGUGGCUACUGAUGGUGCUGGUAACACAGCUAACUGCACAUUCAAUGUGCAUGUCGAUGUGAUUGACACGGUCAAUCCCUUCUGGAGUGGCUGUCCUGGUGACAUCCAGGCCUUUGUUCCAUUUGGCACGCCCUCUAAAUCAGUGACCUGGACUCCGCCCACCGCCUCGGAUGCCAUCAGCUCGGUCACCACCACGGCGUCACACACUCCUGGUGCCCAGUUCAACGUUGGAGACACCCAAGUGGUCUACAAGGCUACCGACGUGGCUGGUAACCGGGGUUAUUGCAACUUCACCAUCACUAUCACAGAGGCUGUUGACACACAGGACCCCAUCAUUAACGGCUGCCCCAUGAAUAUCACCAGAGAAGUCAACCCAGGCAUCACGCAGCUGUCUGUCUCCUGGACCCCACCCACGGCCAUUGAUGAUUUUGGCACUCCGUCGUUUGUCUCCAACUAUCAGGUUGGGCAUACCUUCGCAGUCGGUACGCAUGAGGUCGUGUACACGGCCACAGACGGGUCUGGUAAUAGUGCCGAAUGUAGAUUCUCCAUCACGAUAACUGCUCUCACUGACUCGACCCCACCGACUAUCUCCAACUGUCCCGCCAACAUCACCAGGCGUGUUGGCGCUGCCGUGACGUCUAUCAUCGUUGCCUGGACACCUCCCACGGCCUCCGAUGAUUUCUCUGGCGUCAGUCUCACCACGACCCACAAUCCGUCCAACUCGUUCCAGUCCGGGACGACGGUUGUCACAUACACAGCUGAAGAUGGCGUUGGCAACACAGUCACCUGUGUCUUCAGUGUCAAUAUUAUCAAUGAUGCCACUGCUCCUGUCUUUGUGGGAUGCCCAAGUGAUGUUGGUGCGACUGCUCCCUCAGGCCAGAAUCAGGCCACUGCAUCCUGGACGCCCCCUACCGCUACCGACGACUCCGGGGAACCAGUUAACCUGCAAACCACUCACGAGCCCCCCACGCUAUUCAACCUGGGCAUGACGACGGUCACCUACACGGCCUUUGAUAACUACGGCAAUUCAGACACCUGUUCUUUCGUUGUCGACGUUGUUGAUGAUCAAGGUGCGCCAACCAUUCUGAACUGCCCAGACAGCAUCAAUCAUUACGUGGCGUCAGGGGUACCCCAAGCCAACGUAGCGUGGACCGCUCCUACAGCGCUUCCCGCUUCAGCGACUCUAACGACCGACCGUGAAUCAGGGACUAGCUUCAACGCUGGUACUAGCACACUGGUAACCUACACGGCUACAGACGACCUCAGCCGCUCUUCCACUUGCUCAUUUACUGUUGCUGUCAUAGUGGAUACCCAGGCUCCAGUGAUAGCGAAUUGUCCGGCCAAUAUUGCAGAGACUGUACCCCAGGGUCAGACGUCCCUCUCCGUCAGCUGGACUCCUCCAGUAGCCACUGACAAUUCAGGUCAAGUCACUCUGACACCGUCCCACAAUCCUGGCGAUAGUUUCACGGUACAGACCACGCCGGUCACCUACACGGCUACAGAUCCAUUUGGUUUGACGACAGUGUGUCAAUUCACUGUGACUAUCACAGUUUCUAACGACAACACGUUACCAGUGAUUUCCAACUGCCCGUCCAAUAUCGCGAGAGCGACAGACACUGGUCUGGCCACGGCCUCAGUCACAUGGACCGCUCCCACGGCAACCGAUGACCAAGGAGCUGUAACGUUGACGUCUGACAUCUCCCCUGGAUUUGCCUUCCCUAUUGGGAUGACUGAAGUUACGUACACGGCUAUCGAUGGCAAUAACAACCAAGUCACUUGCGUGUUCACUGUCACUGUUACUGAUGAAGAGAACCCUACUCUUGCUAACUGUCCACAGAGUUUCACUCUGUCCGUGGCCCAAGCCACGGAUCAGGCCAUCGCUAAUUGGACGCCGCCGACCGCCUCAGACAACUCGGGCACGGUAACCCGGACGACGACCUUUGAACCUGGCCAAUCACUGUCUGUGGGCCAAUAUCCGGUGACGUAUACAGCAAUGGACCCUGCUGGCUUGACGGCAACAUGCAUGUUCACUGUCACUGUACAACCUAGUACGGGCUGUAAUGCAAAUCCCUGCAACAAUGGUGGUGCAUGCAUCCCUGCUGCUAAUAAUGGAUUCACCUGCUCAUGUACAUCAUUCUGGAUGGGUACAACCUGUGAUGAGGAUGUCAAUGAAUGUGCGUCGGCCCCAGCAACUUCCGAGUGUUCAGCUAGGGGAUUGAGCUGUUUCAACCGACUGGAUCCCGUUGGCUACACCUGUGACUGCCCUGUGGGCUUCGUGAGAGCUGGAAACUCUGACAAUUGCUUAAGGGCGAGAAGUUUCCGCUUCCGAAUCACCAUUGUUGAGAUCAACGGAGCUCUAGCUGUGUUUGUCACAGGCCUGGGCAAUUCCAAUACCGUUAUUUUCCUCAGUCAUCAAAUACGACUUCAAGUUUUGUUUGCUCUGGUGUUUAGUGGCAUGCCGGGCUUUGGCAAUGUCGUCGUGCUGUUCUUCUCCCCCGGUAGCAUCGUGGUUGAAGCGGUGGUCAAUUUUGACCCAAGUUCAACAGUGACUCAGGAGGACGUCAAUAACGCCGUGCGGCAAGGAAUCACCACUGGAGAUCUGCUCAUGGGAUCCGAAUACAAGGUCACUCCUAGUCCUUCAGUUGUCAUCGAAGAGGUUUGUGUGGAUGGCUACUGCCAGAAUGGUGGGACGUGUGCACCCAGCUCUGCCAGCUAUCUCAGUACAUGCAUAUGCCCAUCGGGAUAUGGCGGUGACAGGUGCCAGAGUAUGAUUGUAACAACAACUACACCUGCGCCCGGUGGCGGAGGCCUGUCCACAGAAGCCAUCAUUGCCAUUGCCGUUGGGGCUGCUGUAGCACUCCUACUCAUAUUACUGAUAUCCUUGGCGGUGUGCUACCUGGCGACGCGAGGCAGAGGCAGGCGAAGCGACUAUUUGUACAGAGAGGAUUACGAGGGUGACAGAGGCCCGAAACACCGCACCAACGGGUCGGUGUAUGACGUACAGUUCCAACCAAGAGAGAAUAAUGGCUACAGGCCCUCAGCAGCAUCGCAGUUCUCUGUUCCUUACAUGGCAUCCGGGAGAGAAGCUGGAAUCCCGCUUCACCGGCUGAUAGACAGAGGGGAUGCUGAUUACUACUAGAUGAGGUCAAAGGUCAUGGUUGCUCAACGUUCCUGGUGACCCCUGACCUCUUCAAGAAAUUUAAUGUGCAUAACUGUAUAUGAGGAAGAAUAUUUUAAAACUGCUAUGCAAAUGAUUCUGUCAUUGUUACGGCAUGGACGGUAAUAUAUAUAUUUACUUUGAAUGACUUAGGUGAUUUUGAAACUAGCUAAGGCCUCUAUAUUUUAAAUGCAAAAGUUGGUAGCCAGGUCUUUUUAAAUUUGAAAGAUUAAUGGAUCAUAAGUUAUCAUUAGCAAUAAUAAGACAAGCUAUAUUCAAUUGAGAUACUGGUACAUAGUUUUAAGCAAUAUAUAUUUAACCUCAUGUAACUUACUAGUACUAAUUAUGUCUAUUCUAGAACAAUAACUCUUUCUGAAGUAGAGCAGAUUUAUUCAAUUUUAAUCACCCUGUGCAAGGCUCAAUGACUCGAAAACACCGAUUUUAUAAAAGAUUAUUGUACUAUAUCUAUACACAUUAUCCAGAUAUAUGAAUGCAAUAUUAUAUAGAAUUUGUUUUGCGUUAACAGUAAUAAAUCUAACAGUACUUACAAAAAAAUAUCUGAUUAAUUGGCGUAAAGUCAUGUCCCUCAUAUCAAAACACAGAUUGUGAGAAUUUAGUGUGAAUGUGUCAAACUUACUGAAGGAGUACUUUCGUCUGGAAUGCUAUAUUUUGGGCUCUUAAACAACUUCCCCUGAAAUGGUACUUGGAUUAAUGAACAAUGAAUAAGAUAAAUGUCAUUGCACACAACCAUUCCAUGAAAACAUGCGCUUUUCAUGUAUUUUUAC